CGUUCCCGGCCGGCCCGGUGCGUCCUCACUCCGGCUCCCCGGGCUUCCGGCUCCGGCGGGAUGAUGAUGGCGGCGGCGGCCUGCGGGCGGCUCCUGGGGUCCGGGCGGCAGCGGGCGGGCCCCGCGGCAGCCUCUCUGUUGUGGUCUACAGUUCGAAGCGAGAGAUCUCAAAGCACUUCACUACAGCAAGGUUUUGACAGAAUUAUUGCCAAAACAUCAUUGUCCUCACCCCCAUGGCCCGAAGUCAAACUGCCAGAUCCACUAGAAGAGGCAAAGUACCAUGCAGAGGUCGUGCAAAAGGUGAAUGAGAUGAUUGCCACUGGGCAGUACGGAAGGCUCUUUGCUGUGGUUCACUUUGCCAGUAAGCAAUGGAAGGUAACCAGUGAAGAUUUGAUUUUAAUGGAAAACAUGCUGCCAGCUGAAUGUGGAGACCGAAUCCGACUGGAGAAGGUUUUGCUGGUUGGUGCUGAUGACUUCACGCUUAUUGGAAAGCCACUUCUGGGAAGGGGGAACAGCUUUGGUCUUGACGAAGGAAGAGCCCUGUAGAAGAGUUGUCAACUAGUCUGAGGCCAGUAUUGAAGGUUUACUAUACUUUAAGGCAAGGGGAAAAUACAAGGUUUUUUAAAAGCGCUGGGUGCAUCAGGCUUCCUUGCAGGCAUUCACAGCACUGGGAAUUUGGGCUUGCCAGCUCCGAGUGUCGUUGCAGACUUCCACUGUUACUGUACCAGCAUCAGACAUUUCUAACUCCCUCCCAGUGAGGCAGAGAAGUACUGCCCUACAGACUAGUGUGGCACUUACCUGAUAAGACUUGCAGAGUCAAUCCUGUGUUUCUUCGGUGCAGAGCCUGCGAGUGGGCACUGCUGAGAUGGAUUUACCUACUCAGCAGCUGGGGACCUUGCAGUUCCCACAGGACAGGGUUUUGUCAGAAAGAUGCAUUACUUUGUGAUAGUCUUCCAGGAAGCCUGCCCACUGAUUAGAGGAGGACGUCAUUAGUUACGCUGUGUUUCUUUUUUUUU